GCCCCCUCCCCACGCCCAGACACGGGUUGGGGUGGGCCCUCACCCGGGGCUCUGGAAAGUCCUCCAAGGCGGGAGCAGGAGAUGGCAGAGGGGCGGAGGGAGGCUCCACCGCUCUCAGCUCUCAUUUCAAAGCGCGCUCUCCCUUUCAGGUUUGGUCGGACCUGAACCCCUAAAAGCUGAACGGCCCCCCGCCCUCACUCCAGACGCCAGCCAGGAGCUGAGUCGCCCGCGGCGGUGGCGACAGACGGACCCGGGAGUUUCCUCUCCCGCUGGAUGGAGCUGAACUUUGGGCGGCCAGAGCAGUGCGACUGUCUGGGGAUCGCUGCAUGCUGAGCCCCUCGGCGAGACCCAGCAGCGGCUCGGGAUUUGGGGGGGGGGCGGGGAACAGCUGCGCGCCGGCACCAUGUUUCUGGCGACUCUGUACUUCGCGCUGCCGCUUCUGGACGUGCUCCUGUCGGCUGAGGUGAGCGGAGGGGACCGCCUGGACUGUGUGAAAGCCAGCGACCAGUGCCUGAAAGAGCAGAGCUGCAGCACCAAGUACCGCACGCUGAGGCAGUGCGUGGCGGGCAAGGAGACCAACUUCAGCCUGACAUCCGGCCUGGAGGCCAAGGACGAGUGCCGCAGCGCCAUGGAGGCCCUCAAACAGAAGUCGCUCUACAACUGCCGCUGCAAGCGGGGCAUGAAGAAGGAGAAGAACUGCCUGCGUAUCUAUUGGAGCAUGUACCAGAGCUUGCAGGGAAAUGAUCUGCUGGAAGAUUCCCCAUAUGAGCCAGUUAAUAGCAGAUUGUCUGAUAUAUUCCGGGUGGUCCCCUUCAUACCAGUCGAGCACAUUCCCAAAGGGAACAACUGCCUAGAUGCCGCCAAGGCCUGCAACCUCGACGACACCUGUAAGAAGUACAGGUCGGCGUACAUCACCCCCUGUACCACCAGCAUGUCCAAUGAAGUCUGCAACCGACGCAAGUGCCACAAGGCCCUGCGCCAGUUCUUCGACAAGGUCCCGGCCAAACACAGCUACGGGAUGUUGUUCUGCUCCUGCCGGGACAUCGCCUGCACAGAGCGGCGACGGCAGACCAUCGUGCCCGUGUGCUCUUAUGAGGAGAGGGAGAAGCCCAACUGUUUGAAUCUGCAGGACUCCUGCAAGACAAAUUACAUCUGCAGAUCUCGCCUUGCUGACUUUUUUACCAACUGCCAGCCAGAGUCCAGGUCUGUCAGCAGCUGCCUGAAGGAGAACUAUGCGGACUGCCUCCUGGCCUACUCAGGGCUUAUUGGUACCGUCAUGACCCCCAACUACAUAGACUCCAGUAGCCUCAGCGUGGCCCCGUGGUGCGACUGCAGCAACAGUGGGAAUGACCUGGAAGAGUGCCACAAGUUUUUGAAUUUCUUCAAGGACAAUACGUGUCUCAAAAAUGCAAUUCAGGCUUUUGGCAAUGGCUCCGAUGUGACUGUGUGGCAGCCAGCCCUCCCAGCUCAGACCACCACUGCCACCACCACGACAGCCUUCCGGGUCAAGAACAAACCCCUGGGGCCAGCAGGCUCUGAGAAUGAGAUCCCCACUCAUGUGUUACCACCUUGUGCAAAUUUACAGGCACAGAAGCUGAAAUCCAAUGUGUCCGGCAGUACACAUCUCUGCCUUUCUGAUCGCGAUUACGAAAAGGAUGGUCUUGCUGGCGCUUCCAGCCACAUAACCACAAAAUCAAUGGCUGCUCCUCCACGCUGCGGUCUGAGCCCACUGCUGCUUCUGGUGGUAACCGCCCUGUCCACCCUACUAUCUUUAUCUUUGGCAGAAACAUUGUAGCCACAUUAAAAAAAAACCAAUAUGGACAUAUUGUAAAAAGACAAAAACCAA